UGCGUGUCAGUGAAUUGAACUAACCUAAAAAUAUUGAUAACAAACGUUCCUUUGAUAAAAAUGAUAAAAUAGAUUACCAAUCGAUCGUAAUAAAGUUAACUCAACCUAAUAACUUCAGAGAAAGCGCUCUUUUUGCUUUAUCUUAUGUGUUAGAAGCAUGGUGAAAACUGAUAAUGUUAUUCUGCCCGACGUGUGCUAACAUUCUUAUGGUGGAGGAGGCACCGGAGACGGGUCUCAGGUACGGAUGCAACUCGUGUCCGUACGUCUAUAGCGUCAGGAAGAAGGUGUCGUCACGAACGUUCCCUAAACUCAAGGAGCUGGAUUAUAUUAUGGGCGGCGCCGCUGCCUGGGAGAAUGUAGAUUCAACAGAUGCUGUGUGUCCAAAGUGCAGCCACGGAAAGGCAUACUUCAUGCAACUUCAGACCCGAUCUGCCGAUGAACCUAUGACCACAUUCUACCGUUGCUGUAACCACAAGUGUGCUCACAACUGGCGUGAUUAGAUAAAAAAACAA